AUGCAGCCUCGCCUCUGGUACAUGGAAGUUACGGCCACGGCCACGGGCAUCGACGUCGUUGACCCGGAGGAACUGAAGCGGAGGAUACGGGGUACUGGCUCCGUGCCGAUGUGGUCACAGCAGCUGCGUGAGCGGACUGGAGAGCUGUGUAAAAGCAUGGCUGACUGGCUUCGGCAGCAAGCCCGGGAGAGGCCCAAAGUCGCAUUCGGCCUCUUCGGGAUCUUGCUGCUGCUGACAAUGUUUGGCGGCAUCUGGCUCACAGCGAGGGGUGCAGUCCCUCCGGAUGGUGCCGCGGUAUCCGCAUCGCUGCCUGGCACGACCACGGCCUCGCUUGCAGAAGUGGUCGUGGACAGUGUUGCUGCGAAGCCCGAAGGCACAGUGGAGGUAGAGCCUGAUGAGGUGCGGGGGCCUGCAAUCCUCUUGGUAGUGUUUGUAAUGCGCUUGUAG